GGGGGCUGACGGCCCGGUUGUGUCCCGCAGAAGAUGGCGGUGAACGUGUACUCCACGUCGGUGACGAGCGAUAACCUGAGCCGGCACGACAUGCUGGCGUGGAUCAACGAGUCCCUGCAGCUGGCGCUGACCAAGAUCGAGCAGCUGUGCUCAGGUGCUGCGUACUGUCAGUUCAUGGACAUGCUCUUCCCAGGUUCUGUAGCGCUCAAGAAAGUGAAGUUUCAAGCAAAAUUGGAACACGAAUACAUUCAGAACUUCAAGGUUCUACAAGCAGGUUUUAAACGAAUGGGUGUUGACAAAAUAAUUCCUGUGGACAAACUAGUGAAAGGAAAAUUUCAGGACAACUUUGAAUUUGUUCAGUGGUUCAAAAAAUUUUUUGAUGCGAACUAUGAUGGGAAGGAGUACGAUCCCGUUGCUGCCCGACAAGGCCAAGAGACAGUAGCACCAAAUCUUGUUGCACCAGUUGUGAACAAACCCAAGAAAUCCCUCGGUUCUGGCAGCGCAGCCCCACAGAGGCCCAUUGUUACACAGAGGACCCCAACGACUGCAAAAGCUGGGACUGGAAUGGUGAAAAAGGCUGCAGGAGAUGAUGAAUCAGCAGGAUUGAUUGAGCAGAUCAAUGUAUUGAAACUUACUGUUGAAGAUCUGGAGAAGGAGAGAGACUUCUACUUUGGCAAACUGAGGAACAUUGAAUUGAUCUGCCAGGAGAAUGAAGGGGAGAAUGAUCCAGUAUUGCAGAGGAUUGUGGAAAUUCUUUAUGCCACAGAUGAAGGCUUUGUGAUACCUGACGAAGGAGCACCGCAGGAAGAACAAGAAGAGUAUUAACAGACCACAUACUGUACCAGCAGAGCAGCAACAUCAGAAUUCUUUGCCCCAGAUCAUGUGCUUAACUGUAAAAUACUCCACUUUAUUCUUAGAGGACUCACUGGUUUCUUUUCAUAAGCAAAAAAAGUACCUCUUCUUAAAGUGCACUUUGCGGAAGUUUCACUCUUUUUACAGUGGGUUUGAGUUAGGAGCUCUUUCUCACUUUGUAGCAGAGCAGUAUUCACAUCUAGGUGGUAUAUUUAGGGAGCAAGAGGCUGAAUAUUUGGAACUUGUUGCAGAAUGGUUUGCUGGUAAAACACUGGUUUGUGGAAAGACUCUUUUUGUAUCUAAGGUGGCGUGUAGUAGAGAACUUAAAGACUCUGACUCACAGAAAGAUUGAGUUAAUGUGAAAUUGCAGCACAGAAAUUAUAAUAAAAUGCCUUAAGAGUAUUUAAUAUGCUUCCAUAUGCCAAAUUGAAGUAAUGUGACAGGAGAUUUUAUGUGCUUCAUAUUGGGGUAGACGCUUGUUUAACUCCAUUCACUGCUGUCUGAGAGGCCUUGCAUGGCAGUCUCACUUUGUCAGCAAGUGCUCAAAAGGGGCUAUUAAAACAAAACUUCAUUCCUAUGUAAAGCUGCUUACUGAGUGAUUAGUUCUCGAUGAAAUAGGCCUUAACGUUGCCUGUCACAAGAUUAGAGGGAGUAUGAACAGCUGAGACACAUAAAUUACCUUGAAGAGUGCUAAAGCCUUUUUCGAUGGCAUUGUGGCUAAUGACUUUGCCAAAAUGUACUGUGUUUUCUGUUUAAAAACAAAACAAAAAACAUCAAAAAGCAAAGGGCAUCCAGUCUUACUGCCUAAAAGGUUCUUCAGAAGUAAUUUUCUUUUCUGGCUCUUGUUUCUAUAACUGUUUAUUUUUGUUGGUAUGCUUUUUGGUCUCUCACUGGUUCUCUUCUCUUUCCCAUCCCAAGGAGUGCUAUCAAAUCCAGUGGUUGUAACGGGACUUGCACUGUGCAACUCUCUUAGAAUGAAAACGAAUUGAGCACGUGAGGAUGAUUUUGUCUUUUUUUUUUUUUCAAACCAGGACACAUGUAAUAAUAAUACUUGCCACUUCACUAGUUUUCUGGGGUCAAAACUAAAAGAUGCUGGCUAACAGAGCUAAUGUUCCUGCAGAAAAUACAGUACUGAGACUAACUUAAAUAUUAAUAUUUAAAGUACUUUCUUUAACUGUCCCUCUUUUUUGCUAUCAUGCCCCGCGUUACUGUUGUGUUUGGCAAGAUCCUGCAAGACUUCUGAUUCCCCUUCACUACUGAGAUUGAUCAGUCCUGUUGUGCUUGUAUUCAUUUGUUCCUGGUGGUAGCUUGUCCUAAAAUGUGUGUAGGAGAGCAUUUUAUGGUAAUUGUUGUGUAGUGCAUGAAUCUUUGUGAAAUUCAGAGAAAAACCCAAAUUCAGUGAAUGCCAAAAAAUGCAAGUAUCUAGCCAUUGUUUAAAAUUGCAGUGGUGCUAUUUCUCUUGUGGCCUUUUAGACUUCUGUUGCCCUAAAACUCCAUUUUACUGAGAAACCAUAUUUGACUCGGAUUUUUCUUGACAGGGUUUUUCUAUUUUACGCAGUUUCUAAAUAAAGUUCUGUAUUUCAAGAGUGUCCUGUCUGCUGGAGUCUCUCAUACUUUCAGAUACAAUUAGGCAAAGCUAGAGAUGGUGGUGGUUUUCGUUUCGAAGCUUGCAGGACCUGGAAUAUCAGCUUUCAUUCUCUGGUCCUACUUAUAUCCAUUUCUAACCUGAGUAGCAGCAAUGUUGAAAUUUUCUUUGGAGCGUGCUGGGGGAAACAUUGAGUUUUUUUUUUUUUUUUUUCUUCCCACCAUAAGUGGAUGAAAUGUGAGUGUGUUGUUGACUUCCUCCUAACGGUGUUAGAAAGGGGCUGGAGAACAGGAAUGCCAGUGUAUGACUAAAGUGUUUUAAAGCUGCUAAAACACUGGUUAUUAUUUAUUACUAAUGGAGGGUUGGAUUUAGAUGAUCUUUAAGGUCCCUUCCAACCCGAGCUGUUCUGUGGUUCUACAAACAAAUAACGUUAAUUGCACCUGUCACCAGUCUCCAGUAGCUGACUUGUUUCCUUUGGAUUAAGUUUCAUAAAUGAGCUUAAACGUUACUCUUUCAGAUGUAUGGGCAGACCAGCUUCUUCAGAGAAGAGCUAAUGUGAUGUAUCAAACCUUGGCAUUGGAAGUGGUCCCUGAAGGGCUUCUCUGUCAUGCUGGAGAACGCCCUCCUGGCCCGCCCAAGCGCUCCAUGGAUGCCUCAUUCUAAAAACUGGCUUCAUUGGUAUUUCAAAAUUGGUGUUGGACUACAGGAAUGCAGACAUAGAACAGGGUGUUUGAUGCACAUAAAAUCUUCUUUACCAUUACUUGUUUGCUUUGAGGUCAGAAGCAUGCUUUUAUCAGCUCCAAAUACUCCGUUAUUCCAGCAACUCCAAGCAAAAAUAGCAUAUGGCUGAAUGUGGAGGUGACUUCUGGGGGGUCUGCUGCUUUGUGGUCCAGGUGCACACUGGAACACGGUUGCUGGAAGUCUCUUUUUUAAUGAAAUUGCAUGUUUGGAACUGUGAGGCAACCGGGUCAUCAGAUGGGAUGCAUUAGGUCAGUUUUGAACUCUGCUGUUACAGGAGAGCAACUGCUACCAAAAGCAAGCAAAUAUCCUUUUAUGCUGAGAGAAAGAUGAGUCAGAAAAACUGUCAGUGCGCCUUGUGAGACAAUGUGUGGACCUGUUGGAUGUGCAUUGUGAAACUAAACUGAAAUUGUGGUCGUGUAAGUCCAAUGUUGGUAAGAUUUCAAAUGGCUUAAAUAACUUCUGUGCUACCAAGAUGAGUUAGAAUGGGGCCAAGCUCAUGGUCAAUUUAAAUGACGAUGUUAUAGAUAUCUUGGCAUAAUCUGUUUUUAGUGUCCUUUUUGGGAAACAAAUGACGACAAAACCAACUCAAACCCAUAGAUUUAAUAUAGCUACUCUGUUACUCUGGUACAGUAUCUGCUGUUAAAUAGUAAAUGCUCACCUACUGGAACAAUUCAGAUAGCAUCCAACCUUUCUUAGUACCUUUGUUUUAUCAGAUAUUUGAAAAAUGAACAGAAUGGAAGAACCAAAAGCUCACAUCUCCUUUCUGUACGUCUUACUUGCAGGUGGGCUUGUGGAUAUUUUUUAACUCUUAUUGUUCAAUUUUUUCAAAAUCCCUGGUUUGCAAUGACAAUUCUUACUGUAACUGUUAAAAGCCUUCAAAUAAAGGCCAAAAACUU